UUUUUUGAUUUUCUAAGUAUAGAAAAUCAAAUUUCCCCUCUCAAGAGAGAAACCCUCUCCAGUCUCCACUCCAAAGCCCUCAAUCUGAUUCCUUUGAAUUUUCGGAGCAAAAUUUUCAUUGCCUGGCAAAAAGGAGGGCUCAAAUGGAAUCAUCCAUGGCUGAUGAGGACAGAAUUUCGAAAUUACCUGAUGCACUGAUCACUCACAUAUUGUCUUUUCUUCCCACUGAAGAAGUCGUUCGAACGUGCCUUCUUUCAAAGCGUUGGAAACUCAUCUGGUAUGCAGUCCCCACUAUCUUUUUCUCCAAUGAUAAAAAUAGGGAUGAUCUUGUACAAUUAUGUCGAUAAAUAUGUGGAACACCGCAAGAAAGGUGCGGAAUUUAUGGUCGAUUCAGACAUAACUAGUUUUGUGCUUCAUAUGAAUGGAGAAUGUCAAAGAAAGUAAGUUUUACCUCAUAGAUAAAUGGUUAGCUUAUGUUGUUGGGAAAAAGGUAAAGGAAUUAAAGCUUUCGGCGAAUCUGGAUCCAAUGCUGUACUACAGCUUACCACAAAUAUUUUUGGAAAAUGCAAGAUGUUUGACUAUUUUAGAGUUGUGUAACAUAGAGUUGGAUACUUCUUGUUCAUUUAGCUUUCCAUCUCUAAAAACUCUAUCGUUGCACGAUGUUCAUAUUUUAGAUACUACAGAGGAUGAUGGGGCAUUUAAGUUUUUGUUGGGUUGCCCUUCUCUUGAAAAGUUGCUGUUACGUGAUGCUGAAUUCGAUGAUCACUUCCGAUUGCAAAGUUCAAGCCUCAAGUUCUUGAAAGUUGAUUAUUUAAACAUGUAUCAUGAAUCAUAUCUUCAAGUUGAAGCCAUAAAUCUUGAGUCUUUGAUACUAAAGGAUGUUAUUUUCAACAAAAUAGAUCUCUCUUCUUGCAAGAAAGUUAGAAAUCUCUCAUUAGCUGAAUGUACGGAAGAUAGUCAGUCAUCAUUACAAGUUUUUAUCUCUAAUUUUCCUCUUCUUGAGCACUUGACUUUGAGUUUCUAUAGUUUUUAUGAAUAUAGUUCAAAGCAUCUUAAAAUCUCGAAUCAACACUUGAAAAGUCUCAUUGUUAAGGAGUACGAUCCAGAUGAAAUGAUCAACACUAUUACAAUUGAAUCAGCUCCAAAUUUUACAUCCUUUUGUUAUAGAGGUGAUAUCUGUUUUAGCAUAUCUCUAGAGUCAUCUAAUUUGUUGAAUGGAACAUUCGAUCUAUACGAGGAACCUUGGCUUGACUGCGACACAAGAUUUACCAAUCUAAUGAAAUUUUUCUCAAAUUUCAAUUGCUCUUGGAAUGUUGUAAGCCUACUUUUCCACGACAAUAAGGCUCUCGUAUUGUCAGAAAAGUUGAAGAACAUAUGUCCUUCUCCCUUGAUUAAUUGGAAGCAUCUCAAAUUAGUUAUUGGUGAAUAUGAUCCUGAAAAAUUAUCAGAUUGGAAGGAUUCAUUGUUGUGGAUUUCACCUUCUUUAGAAACAUUAUUUAUUAACGGGAAGCUGAUAUUUUAGUUUGCAUUACAAUAAUGUAAUUGUUGAUUAUGAGUAGCAAUGACUUUUUGAUUGUGUAUGAGGUUUUUUCCUCAUACUUUUUUUUUUUUUUGUGAAUUAGUUGAUAUUGCUCAAUUUAUUUUUAUACAUAUUGUUGCAAUUCUUAUAAAUAAUCUACAAACUUGAUAUAUAAAGUUUAUUAGAAUAUAUGAUUGGCUUUUCUCAUUUUUCCUAAAUGAAAGAAUUGCUUUGAAUUUGAAAUAUUGUAUGGCUACAUUAUUUUAACUUUGCUUUUUCAUUUUUAGUAUUAUAAAGAAGACACAACAUAUGGCAUAGUCUGUAAUUGUUCUAGCAGUGAUGUUUCUUAUCUCAUUUCUCUGAUGUUUUUUUGUUGAGAUCUGUAAAAGUGAACUUAUGUCUCAGUUGCUUAUCAGAAUGAUCUUCCAAUUGAAAUAAAGAUCAUUCUGAUGUAAAAGAUUAACUAUGCAUGCAAUUGAUGAUUGUGAUGAGCCUGACUCAGUGGAAUCUUUUAGCAUCUUGAUCACUUGAACCCUUUGAAUCGAUUCCUCAAUCAUUUCAGAGGAAUUCAUUUCAAGAAAAUCAGUGCCAGCCAAGUUUUGAUUACUAAGUUUUAUAUCUGUUUUGUUGAUUAUAAUUAAAACACGUUCAUGUAAAAAUUCAGUAAAGUUCUUUAUGCAAGUGUUAUAUACCAGCGGAAUUGUCAGUGAAACAUGUUCAUGUAAACAUGAUCAUAAUUGUCAGUGAUCAAACUUGUAUUGUCAGUGAUCAUUUCUCUCAGGUCUCUUGAGUAAUGUAUUCAUAUCUUGUGCCAACUCCUAUGUUUCGUGGACUGUCAUCUCGCCAUAGUGAGUCCAUGAUUGCUGCAAGCUGAUAUAUAUAAGCACAUGUUUUACUUCUCUCUGAGGAGCAAAUUCUAAAAACUCAUGGCCUCCCACAAACAACUCUACUUGCUUUUUUAUACGAGGAUUGUUAUUGGGCACCAGUAGUACCCAAUACUUACUAUAAGUGACGUCUUACAAUUGAUUAUCGAUAUUCCGUAAAAGUUAUUUUUUUAAGUUAUAUAGGACUCGAUACUUAAUUGACACCGAGAAGGGUGUUAGGCACCAGUAGUGCCUUUUAACAAUUCUCUUUUUAUACGGGUUUAAGGAGGAGGGUAUUUUAGACAUUUUAUAUUAUUAUAGAGUUAAUCUUUUGAUUAACUUAUAUAAGGUUUGUAUCUACUUGCUAUAAAUAUGGGUUAAAUGAGAGUUAUUUACUUUUUGUUUGGCCUUGUCUCUUCUUUUUCUUCACAUUUCUUGUUUCUUGGAUGGAGCAGCAGCAUUAAUAUUAAUACUUAUUUGAUUACGUUAAGUAAAAAAAAAGUACUAAAUAUUUAUUGCUGGCUGUAUCAACUAAAUAAUUUUAUAUAUUAAUUUAUUGGAAAGGAAACAUCUCUUCCUUCCUCUCUAUUUAUUAAUUCCUCAACCUCAAUCUCAGGUUACAUACAACAUCAGGUAACCAUUUUCAUGGCUUUACUUUUUUUUUUUUUACUUUCUUUCUUUUGGAAUGACUUUUCAUGUUUUUCUUAUGUUAUUUGUGUUAUGUUGUUACAGCACUAGCUCACACAGUUCUCAUCAAUGGGAAAUGAUGAUGACAGAAUUUCAAAACAACCUGAUCCACUGCUCAUUCACAUCAUGUCGUUUCUUACCACACAAGAUGUCGUUCGAACAUGUCUCCUUUCAAAGCGUUGGAAACUCAUCUGGUAUUCGGUCCAACAAUCUUUUUCUAUGAUGUUUCUAAUAAUGUUAAAAAGUUAUACAACUAUGUCGAUAACUAUUUGAAGAAUCUCAAGAAAGAUGUUAUGAUAACUAGUUUUAGGCUUUACAUGAUUGGAUUUUACUAUAGAAGAAGCAAGGCUGAAGUUCUAGACAAAUGGUUAGCUUUUGCAGUUGAGAAUAAGGUUAAGGAACUGCAUUUUUGCUUAGAUCAACAGCCUGUAGAAUACAUGUAUUCAUCCCAUCACUAUAUCUUGCCUAAGUUUGUAUUACAGAAUUCAAGAAAUUUGACUAUUUUGAAGUUGGAUGGGGUAGAGGUUGACACUAGUUCUUAUUCAUUUAGUUUUCCAUCUCUAAAAACUUUGUCAUUGGGACAAGUUCGACGUUCGGAUAAUGCUGAGGUUGAUGUGGUAUUUCAGUUCUUGUUGGGUUCCCCUUCUCUUGAGAAAUUGAUGUUACUUAACUAUUGCUUCUUAGGUGUUGAAAGUAUCCCCCCCUGCGAAGUUUAAGCCUUAAGUUUUUUGAACUUGAAAUUUCAGCAUGUUUGUUUGUUGUCAAAUUUGAAGCCAUAAAUCUUGAAACUUUGUUACUACAUAGAGUUUCAUUGGACAAUUAUAAUUUCACCUCUUGCAAGAAAAUUAGAAAUCUCUCGUUAGUUGACUGUUCGGAAUCUGACCGGCCAAUAUUAGAAGAUCUUAUUUCUAGUAAUCCUCUUCUUGAGAAUUUGACAUUGAAAAGCUGCACUUCAGAUUUGGACCAUCUUAAAAUCUCAGGUCAACACUUGAAAUGUUUCAGUUUUACUGAUUGUGAAUAUGUUGGCUAUAAUGUUGGGAUAGUGAGAAACAUUACAGUUGAAUCAGCUCCAAGAUUAGAAUACUUUAGUUAUUUAGGUCACAUAAAUUGUACAAUAUCGACAGAGUCGUGCAAUUUGUUGAAUGGAAAAAUUGUAAUUACUUCAUCCAGUGAGAACUAUAACACAUUCUGGUUCACCCUUUUGCUGAAUUUUCUUAUGAAUCUCAAUUGCUCCUGGAAUAUUGUAAUCCUAGGUGUUUACACAGUUGAGGUAUGACUAUAUUGUUUUGUUGUUUUAUUUAAUGUUCAUAUUAUUAAUUGGUAUAUACAUUGAUAUGUUUAUGUCUUUGUAUGAAGGCUCUCGUAUUGCCAGAAAAGUUGAAGAGGAUAAGCAUCUCAGAGUUUUACUCUACACCAUGAACCCGAACGAGUGGUAGACUCAAAGGACACCUUGAUGUGGAUUUCACCGUCUUUAGAAACAUUGUCCAUUAAUGGAGAGGACAUAAUUUAGUUUCUUUACCAUAUUGCAACUGUCAUUUAUAUAUGAUUUGUUUUGUCAUGAAUGUCCUCUAUUAGUAGCUUUGUAGUAAUGAUGAAUUUGACUACUUUGCAUAAGAAUGAGAUUUCUUUUCCUUAUAUUUUAUUAUGAACUAGUUGAUAUGAGUAUGUUACAAUUCUUACAAAUAUACACACUUGCAUAGUAUAAUGGAGUUUUCUCAUUUGUCCUUAAUGAAAACUUGAAACUUGAAAAGCAA